CGCGCCGUUAAUGCUCGUCGAAGCGGACGCGUGUUGUGCUCGUUCGAAGUCGAAGCAUGGCGCAGGUGAUAUAUAACAUGGAACCCAUACCUUCGCGUCGCCGCUUCUUUUCGCACGAUCUUAACCAGAUCUCGUUUGACGUCGAAUGUGAAACCGUGUUAUAAAGUCGACAGGUGCUUUGACGUCGGGCCUGCCAAGGUCUCGUUCGUUCGCCCACUCGUGCUCGUGCUCGCGUGCCCAACCGGCUGCACACUAUGUCGUUCUUUACCACCACACUCGUUCUAUUUAUUCUAUGCUUGCAGAACGUGCUAGCCGGCGCACCGAGCAAAAUCUACGGCGUCAACCUGGGUUCAUGGCUUGUGCUUGAAUCAUGGAUGCUGCCCCAAGAGUGGCUCGACAUGGGUGGCGAACUUAACUGCGACUGCUCGACGUGCAUCGGUUCCGAGUUCAACUUCGUCAAGGCGUACCCGGACACGGCCGACGCCAUCUUCGACAAGCACUGGUCGACCUGGUUCACGCAGGACGACGUCAACAUCCUCGCUGGCGCCGGUAUAAACACCGUGCGAAUCCCCCUCGGAUACUGGAUCGUCGAGCCCCUCGUGAACAGGCAAACCGAGUUCUACCCACGCGGCGGGAUCAAGCAGCUGAAACGAGGUCUGAGACAGCUGCAAGAUGCCGGAAUCAUGGCCAUCCUCGACCACCACGCACCCCCCGGAGCCCAAUCCGUCAACCAGAUGUUCGCUGGACAAUGCACGCCCACUCCCCAAUUCUACACCGACUACAACUACCACCGUGCGCUCGUCUGGACCGCCGUCAUGACGUCCCUCUCGCACCUCGACCCCGACUUCGCCAACGUCUUCUCCAUCGAGGCCGUCAACGAACCGAUCAUGGACGCCGCCCAGACACCCGGCUACGGUGACUUCCAACAGAACUUCGUUCGCACCGUUCGCGCGAUCGAGCUCGUCCUCGGCAUCCCCGUCCCCGGCGCCUCGCCCAUCACCUCCUCCCUCUCCUCCUCGAACUUCACCUCCGCCCUCACCUCCGCCUCCAAACUGACCCCUUCCUCCUCAUCCCCUUCCUCCAUUGCCAACAUCUUCACCCCGGAAGUCCAAGCCGCCCUGACCGAGGCCAUCCCGAUCCUGAUCCAGAUGGGCAUCGAGCUCGCCAUCCCCGCCAUCUUCGAUCUCCACGCCGGUUCCGCUCCGUUCCACUCGAUCCGCGACCCGCUCGUGACGAACUUUAUGGACGUGAACUGGCAGUCCGAUAGCCCGCCGAACCCGGCCGAUGCUGCGAUCGGCCCGCAGGGAUACGACAACCACCUUUACUACGUCUUCGGCGGCGUGGCAGACCCGACUCCAGAAGCCUACAUGACCUCGAUCUGCAACCUCGACCGCGUGCAAACCGACGCCGCCGUGGGCAACUCGCCUCUCUGGUUCGGCGAGUGGGGUUUACCCACCCAAUUCGACGCCACGGACGAGUUCUUGGUCGACUGGGCGGAUGCGCAGAAGCUCGCUUACGCGAAAGGCGCCGGCUGGAUCUUCUGGAACUUCAAGGUCGAGAUCUCGGACCUCGCCGGAGACCUCGCGCGCGAAUGGUCCUACGAGGAAGGACUCCGCCGCGGAUACAUGACCCAGAACCCGGCGCAGGUGCACAACCCGCACGUGUGCGACCCGUACAUCGCCAACGGCACGAGUACCUCUUGA